UAUUCUUAUCUAUGAAUCCAACUCCGCACACGUCUUCUUUUUAACAAACUACCACACGCAUUUCACGAAAUAUUUCUCCUGAUGUCUCGACGCAGUACUUCCAUCACUACUUUACUGGACUAAAACAUCAUUCGUUCAAUCUUCGUGUCCGGUUAAACACGUCUCGGUGCACGUUGAAGCUUCUCGGCCUAGUUUAGCUUCGCUCGCUAACAAAGAGACACGUUUGCAAGCAACACAUCGCCCAAUAGAGAUCACGUGUGAGCGUAAAGUGUGGUUGUGUGUGUGUGAAAAUGUGUGCAAGAAUGACAGUAGAGUACGAGGAGGAACUUUGUGGCCCAAAAGACGAGAAGGAGCCACAACGUCACCUACGGAACGAUUUUUUCACGAAGCCUCGAGUUGGAGUAAACAUAGCAGAAAUCAGUGAAGAUCUUGGUCCUGGGCCGCAGGAGCCAGCGUCCCCCAAUAUUAAAGAGGAAGAAGAGUCUGCCCACAAUCAAGAGGAAGAGGAGCUGGCACCCCCUUCCCUGAAAGUGGAGGAAGAAGAGCCCUCCCACAUUAAAAAGAAAGAGGAGUCGGCACACACUCACAUAAAAAAGGAGGCAGGUGAAGAGCCCCCCCGCAUCAAACGGGAGGAAGAAGAGCCCCCUGCCGUUAAAGAGGAAACGGAGGAGGCAGAUAUCACCAAGUUGCCCUCGACUGCUGUCCCUUUGAAGAAUGAAGAUGAAGAGCAAAGUAAGGAGAACAAAGGGACGGAGCCUCGAAGCAACAGCAGCUCAAGUCAACAAAUGACAACAGAAGGUCAAGGACACAAUUGUGGAAGAUCACAAGCAGAUGGCCUCAUAGCACCACUAUCAGAUAGUGAAGACACAUCAUCACACUCUCCUCACACUGAUGAUGAUGAUGAACAGUCUGAAGGUUAUAUGACAUGUAACAUGGACAACAAAUGCUGGAAAUGUUCUCAGUGUGGAAAAACCUUUGCUUUAAAGAGUCGUUUGAAACGACACAUGAGCAGUCACACCAGAGAGAAACCUUUUGCCUGCUCAUUUUGUGGUCAAAGAUUCUCUUGUAAAAGUCAUUUGACAGUACACACAAGAGCACACACUGGAGAGAAACCUUUUGUCUGCUCAAUUUGUGGUAAAAGAUUCACUUGUAAGAGUUCUUUGACAAUACACACAAGAGCGCACACUGGAGAAAAACCUUUUGCAUGCUCAGAUUGUGGUCAAAGAUUCUCUAGAAAGGGGAAUUUAAAAAAACACACAAGAGCGCACACUGGAGAGAAAUCUUUUGGCUGCUCAGAUUGUGGCGAAAGAUUCUUUACAAAACGAAAUUUAAAAACACACACAAGAAUACAUACUGGAGAGAAACCUUUUAUCUGCUCAGUUUGUGGUCAAAAAUUCUCUUUUAAAACACAUUUGACAACACACACAAGAGCACACACUGGAGAGAAACCUUUUGCUUGCACAGACUGUGGUCAAUGUUUCUGUAGAAAGGGAGAUUUAACAAUACACACCAGGAUACACACUGGAGAGAAACCUUUUCCCUGCUUGAUUUGUGGGCAAAGAUUUUCUCUGAAGGGAUACUUAACGAAACACACAAGAACACACACUGGAGACAAACCUUUUGCUUGCUCGGAUUGUGGUCAAAGAUUCUCUAGAAAGGGAGAUUUGAAAAUACACUCAAGAACACACACUGGAGAAAAACCUUUUGCCUGCUCCAAUUGUGGUCAAAGAUUCUCUAGAAAGGGAGAUUUAAAAAAACACACAAGAACACACACUGGAGAGAAACCUUUUUCGUGCUCCGAUUGCAGUAAACAAUUUUCUAGAAAGGAGGAUUUAAUAAUACACACAAGAGCACACACCGGAGAGAAACCUUUUGCCUGCUUAGAUUGUGGUCAAAGAUUCUCUGUGAAGGGACGCUUAAAAACACACACAAUAACUCACGCUGGAGAUUAACCUUUUGCCUGAUUAGUUCGCGAUCAAAGAUUCUCUCUGAGUGGAAACCUAAUACACACAAACACACACUGGAAUGGAAACAGUUUGCCUGCUCAAUUUGCAGUCAGAGUCUUCUCAUAGAACUCAAUUGACAGUGCACUCUAAGACACACUAGUGAAAAAACCUUUUGCUUGCUCACUUCGUGGUCAAAGAUUCUCUCGGCAAACUAAGGAAGACACACAAGAGCACACAUGGUACAGAAAGCUUUUACCUGCUCAGUUUGUCAACUAUGAUGACGACGCCCUCAUACUGGUCAUUGGAGACUUCAACCUUGCUCCUCUCUCUCAUCUACUAAUAGCCUCACAUUACAUGUACAGCAAGAAGGAAUAAAAGUUUGUGGUCAAAGAUUUGCUCUUAACGAUUCUACUGAGUGUUUGAUGUGUUGAGAGACACAAGUGUGCUUUUGAGAAAAGAAGUGAUCAAUGAAGCUAGGUGAAAAUGUAGCUGUUUAAAUCUCAGGGCGCUGAAUCGGUCACUGCUUGACUGUUCAAGAGAAGGUUUUGCCUCUCAGCAGGCUUCAUCCGUUUACACACCUUUACCCUCGGGCUAGAGCUGUCUUAUCUUGCGAAUGUGCAUGUGCAAUGUCUUUGACGACAACCAGAACAGUCUAGUUGCGAUCGAGCCAAUGAAUGAGAAUAUUCAUAUAUCCAUAGAUGUUUAAUCAUAAAACUAAUGACUGUGACCCUGAUUUUGAACACUGUUACAUUUUGUAUAUCUUCUUGUAUUCUAUGUACCUUAUCAAAAGUACUGUGGAGAAGUACUGAGAAUUAGCACUCGUGCUGAAACACUUAAAGCAUUGCAUCUGCUUUGUCAAAUGCUUUUGUGAUGUGCAUAUGAGAUUAGUGCAUAAUUGAUUAAAUAGACUGUAAAGAAACGUUGACUCUCGGUGGGAUGAUGGAAAAGUAUAAACAUGAUUCAGAUUAAAAUACAACUCCUUAAAUCAGUGACACUAACUAAAUUGUAAUGAAUAUAUUAAAUAUUACAAUCAAGAGAAUGCAAAGAAAUUAACAGCUGCAAGUGCCUCAGAGACUGCCCACAUGCCAGGGCGUUGCACAACCUGUAUUACUCCCUUUUUUUUUUUAACCUUCACUCAAGCAGAGGCGUAUCUGAAGGUCAAACCUAAGCAAACUUUGGACUAAGCGAUGGCUUAUAACUGGAACAACUGCUAAAAUGGGGCACGUCAAGAUAGUACUGUACUUGGCUGACUUUGGCUGAAGGGCGGCCUUUAAAGCUCCUCCGCUUGGAAGGUCGGCUCCACAAGAAAGACCGUCUUGCUGACUCUGGGCUUUGUUGCUAUGUCCGGUUGAAGUUUUAUUUCCACCAUCUCCCUGGGGAACUGGAGCUGCUUCCUCAGGUGAACAAGAGGACCCUUGCUGAAAUGAACGGCCAUGAGAUUAUUUCAGAAAUUCUUGAAAAAAUUGUAGCACAACAGUUUAAUGUUCACAUGGCCUAUAACAAUCUACUGUAUUUUAACUUCUUCAAUCCGGAUUCAGGGCAGACCACUCUACUGAAAUGACCCUUGCAAAAGUGACGAAUUACUCUUUACUAGCUAUAGAUUGUGACACCUCAUUAAUACAAUUAUUACUCUGCCUCAGCGCUGCCUUUGAUACCGGUGAUCACAAUAUACUACUAGAUUGCCUCAAAACAAUAUUACAAGCCCAGUACUUUAUUGGUUUAGAUAUCUCUCGGAUAACACACACCGCUUAAUUUGUGGUAAUGUGACGUAUUAGUAUUAUCAUGUCGCUUGCGGAGUCCCGCAGGGAUCGGUACUCAGCCUUAUAUGCUGCCGCUGAGCGAUAUCAUACGCAAAUUUAAGAUUAGCUUUCACUGUUAUGCCAACGAUACUCAGCUAUUCAUGCCAUUAAAACUAACUCAUUCACACGAUUGCUCUAAUUCGGAGUUGUGUCUUGCUGAGAUUAAACUGGCUGACCUGUAACCUUUUGCUCCUUAACUCUUAAGAAAACUGAGCUGUUGAUUAUUGGCCCUGCUGAACAUAGCCACUUGUUUAAGGACACCACUCUUGGGUUUUGACAAAAGCACUAUUACCCAAAGUGAGUUAUCAAUAAAUGUAUUUGACUAAUUUCCCUCCCUUCAAAAGCACACUAAGAAUAUGACCAAAACAGUUUUUUUUUCAUCUUCACGAUAUCGUUAAAAUGCAGCCCAUCCUAUCCGCUAGCGACCCAGAAAUCAUAUUCCACGCAUUUGUUACAUUUUGCCUCGGCUAUUGUAACAUGCUGCUUUCUGCUCUUGCCAUGUGUAGUACUGAUAGCCAGCAGUUAGUACAAAACACUGCAGCAUGACCUUUGACGAGGACGUUUGAUCAUAUUACCUACAUUCAGGCCAACUUGCAUUGGCUCCCGGUCUACUUGAGAUGCGAUCUUAAGGUCCUGUUACUUACU